UGUCAAUUAGGCGAAUCAUUGUCAAGGAAAGGCAAGCGAUGAGGCAGCUUCUUCUUGGCAUGAGAUCUUGGGGACACAGUUGGCGGCUCGCGGUCUAGUCUGACUUCGACUGAGCUGCAUCGGAACUUUCAUACUAGUAUUCUCGAACCUUAGGAUCAUCACCUUACAUUCGCGCCCUCGUUCACGAUGGUAUGAGUUCCUACCCAUAUAAAGAUCCUGAGCUAUCUUCAAAGGAGUGGAAAAGAGCACAAUAGAACAAUCCGACACCCGGAGGUAGCUGAACAUAAGCCCAUUUCCCCGUCGCCCUUCACAGUUAUAGCCAACAACGAAGGAUCAAGGAGGCAGCGGGAAAGGGAAUGAACGAAACCUUGUCCACCUAGAAAACGACCACAAGUACGAUUUUCAGUAUCGAUGUCAAAAUGUCAUCCUUCCUCACCACCACCGCCAAAAUGGUCCACUCCUCACGCCUCCCAGCAAGCACCACGCGGGCCCAAGCCCUCGCCAUGCUCGCGGAUUACGAGUUCUUCCUGUCCUGCGACCCCCACCUACAAAGAUUCGAACUCAUACCCCCCAGCGACGCGACCAACCUCAACCCGCCACUUUCCAUCCCAGACACUGUCAAAUCCCAACUUCGAUCUGGAGCACCAGCAGCAACAUCAUCAUCACCAUCAUCACAGGACUCAGACAACAGAACGCCGAUAAUGCUGCCGACGUGCUAUCGCGUCACAGACGUCGUGCAUGCCAUUCCCGCGGGGAUAUGGGACACCAACGUGGUCAGCACCUACGAGUUCACGCUGAUCCGGGACGGGAUUUUUGUGCGGAUCCGGAGCCCGCUGUCCGUCGUCAUUGACACCUUCUGGGAGAUCAGGGAGGCGGCGGCAAAGGAUGAUGAUGGUGGUGACAAGGGAGUGGGACUGGGCGGGCUGGAGCUGGUGGAGGACAUGACCAUUACCUGCUCGAGGCUGCUGGUUGGGCUGGUCAAGGGGCAGUGUGAGGCGGGAUGGGCUGGGAUUCACGCGAAGAUGAUUGCUCGGUUGGAAGGUGAGGUGGGGAAUAAAGGGGUAGGGGAGGGCAUUGUGGGAGAGUGAUGAAGCUUUAGCUUUGACUCUGUGAGUGAUUGUGGCGGAUCAUGGAUGUGACCGGCCGAAUAGCCCAUUUUUUUGUGGUGAUUCUAAUGAAAAGCUGGGCUCGUGGUAGCUGCGGCAGCCGUCCGAAACACACACCACACAUAGGAUGGAUGAAAUUGCUUCUGUGCAAGGUUGCCUAGUCAUCUAGUGGCUGUAGACAGGCCGGAAUCGAGCAGCAUGCUGUGAUCCGGAGUUCGUAUAAAGGGCUGUUGCACAGCAUCCAAUGCCGUGAUUGAACACCCGAUAGUGGGCGGGGAGACAGGAUGGUUGUUUAAGUAUGUCACAACUGCAGGGUCAUUGGACGAGAGUUUGGGGACCGUCAAUGAAGCAGAUGUGAAGAAACUGAGCAUAAAGGUCUUAGACACCUGGGUAGGCACAGUAGUUGGACCUAUGGGGUAGAUACAUGCUUCACCAGAGAGAUGUAAAUUCGAGGUUCAACU